ACACUGCCUGCUAUGUGAUCUCUUGGAAAACAUCGUUUCGUGUCUUUCUGUGCUCUUUGAUGAUGCUGAACCCUUAUUUACAUUGUGAUCUGACAGGCGAGGAAAGAUGCCUUCGCAACAACCCUGACUCCUUUCUCUUCCUUAUGCUCCCCCCUCCCUUCACCUCAUCUUCUUCCCCCUGACCCUUCCCUGACUCCCCUCUCCUUUACCCCUUUCCGAACCUCCCUUUCCUUAAACCCCCUGUUCUCCCUUUCACCUCUCACCCCCUUGACAAUGUUCUCAUGUGUUCGCUGGCUUCAGCCUUUCCUUGCCUUGCUCUCCUCUGCCUUAGUCACUUGGGGUCAAAACUGUCCAUCCAGCUGCAUGUGUCCAGAUCAUCACACCGUGGACUGUACCGGUCGGGGGCUAACCCGUUUACCAGAUUCCUUCCCUCUGGACACACGGAGGCUCAUUUUGUCCAAUAACUGGAUACCUGGGAUCCCCUCAGAUUUCUUAGUUCUCUACAGUGAUCUGGUGUACCUGGACCUGCGGAAUAACUCUCUGACCAGGCUGGAGCCAGGGACGCUGACCAGCUCAUCCAGGCUCGUCUACUUGGACCUGGGAAGCAACAACUUAACUGAGAUCCCCUCUGGGACUUUUGGAGAAUCCCGCAGCCUGAUCAAGCUUCGUCUGGGUAACAACCCCUAUUUGACCAUGGUGAGUGAGGGCGCCUUUUCAGGCCUCACUUCCUUACGAGAGCUGGAGCUGGAGAAGAAUGGCCUCUCUGGCCUGGAUGUCAGAGUGUUGAGCCAGCUGCCUUCCUUGAGAGUAAUACGUCUGGAGGGGAACCCCUGGGUGUGCAAUUGUCAUUUUGCCAAUUUUUUUUUCUGGCUGAACGAAAAUCGUCACAAGCUCUCAUCUGGACUGGAGGGAAUGGAGUGCUCACUCCCAAUGGACGGACAGCAGAUCUCUCUAAACAUGCUUUCUGAAGAGAGCUUCCGGGAAUGUCGAGGAGUAUUGUCUCUUAAAGACUAUCUCAUUGUUAUUUUCUCUGGGAUCUGUAUAUCAGUAGCUGCCAUUAUUGCCAGCUUCUUCUUGGCCUCCAUCAUCCACUGCUUCCAGCGACUUAAAACCAAGAGGACAGAUGAAGAGGAGGGGGACGAGUGAGCUUCAGCAAUGCUUCAGAGCGUGGUCCUUGACAGAUUCACUACUACUGCACCUCAGUUUGGACGACGGGUGGAGCGCCAUGUGUCCAUAUAAAAAGUCCCCAGAUUAAUAUAUUUUAGCGAGUAAGGUGAGGCUGAAUAAGCCACCAUAUGUUCAGUGACUCACAACCUCUUUGAAUGAUGCAAAAUGUCGGAGCACUUUUAUACUUGAAUAGAAAUUAUUCAACCAAGCCUUAAAAUGUAAACUGUUCUAGUAACAACACUGCAUAAAUGUGUUCCAGGUUCCUGUAUUCAGGCUGUUAAAUACUGAGGUACUGAGCAAAAUCAUUCAUAGCAUAUUGUCACUGACUGAACAGUUACUGUUUUUUUUUUGUUUUUUUUUUUGUUUUUUUGCUGAUGUGGAAUUGAAUCUCGCUGAAAACUAGUAAGGUUUGUGGACUUGCACUUUAAGAUAGAUGAUAUAUUGCACAUAAUCCCAGUAAGCCAUAAAGUAGGCUGUCAUAUUGACUCAGGUCACCAAAGAAUUUCCUAGAAAUGAGUAUUUUGUUACUGAGACUGGAAUGCGUGGGUGAGGG